AGUCAAAAACAGCACAGCGACAACCCCAACACCAACGUGUAGAUUCCCAACCAAACCUCAUAACAAUUGGGAGACUUUCCGGUUACCUUCUCUCUCUCUCUCUGUCAUCCCUUCCGAGGGUCGGCCCGGAAACUUUGGUGGUGUCUUUGCAGCUCCCAACAUCAAAGCAAAGAGCUUUUUCUCUUUUCUCGCACACAAUCUUCCUUGUUUGGUGUCUCUGGGUCGCUUAAUCCUCCGAGGAAGGAGGAAACUGACCUUUUUCCUCUCGAAAGAUCGGGUUUUUCCAUUGAUAACCCCUGUCAUUAGACGAUUCUUCUGGGCGGGCUUUCUCGAAGCAGGUGGCGUUCUGCUUCUGUCGUUCGAGGGAUUCUUGCAUGACUCUGGGACGUUGAAUUGAGCCACUCUUGGAGAUCUUACUUAUACAUUGGAGACUCAGAGAGUGGUCCAAUUCUGAAUCUCCGAUUUCAGUAUACUGUUUUCUCAGACGGGUCCCUAUUCUAUUGAGAAUGAGAACUGCGGUUAAACCAGUUCGCCAAAUUCGAGCAGCUUUUCGGCACGAGUGCAGCAGCUAUUUGUCUAAUAUUUCCAGGAGGAGAAACUGUUUGGCUGAUUCCAAUCUUAGUGUGACUCGUAGGCCUGCCUGUACUUACGAUUUCGGUAGAUAUGCGAUCUCCACUUUAUUGAUCUCAAGGGCUCUUUCCACUGGUGCUGCCAAAGUCAGUAACAAUGAGGACCUAGGCAGAGCAGGGCCUCUUGUUGAGUAUGAACGCAGAAUCUCUGCCAGUGAGCUCGUGGAUGGUGACCUUUGCCAGGUAGGCACCUUGAGAGAGCUGCAGAGGCUCUAUGACGAGCUUGUUGAGUCAGCUGAUGCCUGUAGGUUAGAUCGUUAUGCUACUUCCGAAAAAGCUGGAAGGAGUAGAUGGUUGUGGUCUCGUUUCAUACCACAGACUUCAUGUUCACCGGUCAAAGGUCUUUAUCUAUACGGUGGUGUGGGUACUGGGAAAACUAUGUUGAUGGACUUAUUCUUUGAUCAGUUGCCUUGCAACUGGAGAAAGAAGAGAAUCCAUUUUCAUGAUUUCAUGUUAAAUGUCCACAGCCGCCUGCAAAAACACAGGGGUGUGGCGGAUCCUCUCGAAGUUGUUGCAGGAGAGAUAUCCGAUGAGUCAAUCUUAUUAUGUCUCGAUGAAUUUAUGGUAACUGAUGUUGCUGAUGCUCUGAUCCUAAACCGUCUAUUUAGACAACUUUUUGCCAAUGGAGUUGUUCUUGUUGCCACCUCGAAUCGUGCUCCUGAUAAUCUCUACGAAGGAGGACUGCAGAGGGAUCUCUUCCUGCCCUUCAUUUCCACUUUAAAGGAAAGAUGUAUAGUUCAUGAAAUCGGGUCGUCGGUAGACUAUCGGAAGAAGACAUCGGCUAAGGAAGGCUUUUACUUUGUGGGUACUGACCUAUCGGAUUUUCUCAAAGAGAAGUUUCAAGAAUUGGUCGGAGACUCUGCUCCGGUCCCGCAAGAGGUGGAAGUCGUAAUGGGACGGACAUUAAAGGUCCCACUUGGUGCAAAUGGAUGUGCCUAUUUUUCUUUCGAGGAACUCUGCAACCGGCCUCUUGGUGCUGCUGAUUAUUUUGGGCUCUGCAAGAGUUUCCAUACUCUGGCACUUGACGGUGUACCCAUCUUCGGGCUCCAUAACAGAACUUCAGCAUAUCGGUUCGUUACAUUAGUCGACGUCAUGUACGAGAACAAGGCAAGGCUAUUGUGUACAGCAGAAGGGAGCCCUUACCAGCUGUUUGAGAGAGUCGUGACAAUUUCUGAUGCCCAGCAGAUGGCCCCAAGGACCUCUUCGAGAUCGCGGAAGAGUGAUGAUCUCGACCUUUGUGUUGAUAACGAGCUGGGUUUCGCAAAAGACCGUACUAUUAGUAGGUUAACAGAAAUGAACAGCAAAGAGUAUCUGGGGCACCAUGCUGCAACGGUAGCCGGAAAGCAGAUCCCAGAAGAGAGUUCGACAGUAGAUGCCGUCCGUGCAUGAAAUAGAAGCAAACAAACGUUAAUUUUGUCAGCAGAAAUCGUGAGAAUCCUGCAGUCAUGUUCCCGAGGCUGAGCUUGCCCGAACAUGGAAAAGAGGGAGCUCUGUCGACCGGUAGAAUAUUUAUUGAUAUUGAUGAAGAUGAUGAUGACGAAGAUGAAGAUAUGAGUAAUGAAAUAAUCUGGGAUUCCCAUUUGUACAGUCCAUUUCUGGUGAUUUGUGCUUACAUACGAUAGUUUAAUAAGAAGGAAUUGAUGACCCACAACUUUUAUACCUUUUUGAGUAUUUAAGAUGGAAUGAUAAGUUGAUUGCUAUUCUAUAAUCUUGUAAUUUUGAAUGUAUUUUGCGCCGAUAAUUGCCCCA